UUGAUUGCUAUUGCUUCGUACUCGACGGUAUCAUAUUUUACAUAUUUCUUUGUUAUCACUAUAGGAAGCAACAAUGCUAGAGAAUUAACAACUGUAGAUUAUUUGAACCAUAUAAUUAUUGAUAUUAAAGGAACAAUAUGUUUGGACUAUUUCUCUCUGUGUUAAGCUGGGUAGGGCUCAGCCCUGUCCCAUUUCUUGCCAAUAUAUUAAACACAACUGAGCCAGCUUUGAGACUAUUGAUAUCGAUUUUAUUGGGUUAUCCUUUGGGUAUUAUUUACCAUAAAUAUGUACGAAAAUACCCUGAAUACAGGAACCUUUACUUUGUUAUUACUGGUGCAGACAUAGCAUUGUACAACUUUGGAAAAGCUAUAAUACACAACACUAUACCAGCACUCAUGAUAUACUUUACUACAUAUAUGUUUGGACCUGGCAAAUUGAAUGUGAUUAUAACAUUUGUUUUCAACAUGACAUAUCUUAUUGUUGGUUACAUAAUGACAGAAUCGGAAAACUAUGAUAUUACAUGGACAAUGCCUCACUGUGUGUUAACUUUGAAGCUCAUUGCCUUGUCAUUUGAUCUAUGGGAUGGACAAAAACUUUUGAAAGGUGCAGAAUUAUCAGAAAAUAGUAAAAAAACAGCACUCCGUGUAAAUCCUUCAUUAUUGGAACUGAUUGGGUUUGUGUACUUCCCUGCUUGUUUUCUUGUUGGACCUAUAUUCUCUUUUAAACGAUAUUCCGACUUUUUGUCUGAAAGAUUCCCAUUCGAUAAGGAAAUUGUGAAUACAAAACAUAUUUAUGAGACCAAAGCUAUGAAGAGGCUAAUACAGGGCAUAGCAUACUUAGCGGCAUUUCAAGUUGGAGGGUCCGUUUUUAAUGUGAAAUACAUGUUAUCCGAUGAGUUUUGGGAGACGUCAAUAUUUUACAGACACUUUUAUUGUGGUUUGUGGGCUCACUUUGCACUCUACAAAUACAUCUCCUGUUGGCUGCUAACUGAAGCAUCCUGCAUCAGAAUUGGUAUUUCAUACAAUCGUGCAGAUGAAACACCAGGUAAGUUAUCUAAUUGGGACGGCUGCAGCAACAUCAAAUUGCUGUGCUUUGAGGGUGCAACGAAAUUCCAACAUUAUAUUGAUAGCUUCAACUGUAAUACAAAUCAUUUUGCUGCCGAGUACAUAUACAAACGCCUAAAGUUCUUAGGUAACCGUAAUCUGAGUCAACUGUUCACUCUAUUCUUCCUAGCUCUGUGGCAUGGCACUAGAUCAGGUUACUAUGUUACCUUUUUCAAUGAAUUCAUUAUUAUUUACAUGGAAAAAGAAUUUGAAAGUAUAAUAAGCAAAACUGCAAUUUAUCAUGAAAUGUGGCAGAAUAAAUUUGCCAGAUACAUUUUAUAUGUUAUUCUGAAAACAUAUACGAUUGUGUUUAUGGGUUGGAGCUUGGUUCCAUUUGAUGUAAAAAUAAUAUCAAAAUGGUGGUCUAUAUAUUCCAGCCUUUAUUUUUCUGGUUUUGUUAUAUUCUUGCCAUGGGGUUUUGCUUAUAAACCCCUACUCUUAUGGUCUCUAAAAUAUUUUAAUGUAAGAAAAGUGACUAAAAAUGAAUAAAGUCAUGUUUAUAAAG